AUGGGAGGCCUAUCGACAUACAACGACUCCGUUAGAUCGAUAAAAAAGUACGGCCGCCAAGUCAUGCUUGCGCAAAAAUGGCAGGUCAAAAGCCCCAAGACUGCUGAAAGUGAUGCGAUCACAUUCACUGAGGCCGACACGGAGGGAGUCGACAUGCCACAUAACGACCCGCUUGUGAUCGAGCUGUGGGUUGCAGAUUGCGAGGUAUCGCGGAUAUUGGUCGAUACAGGGAGCUCAGUGGACCUGAUUUUCAAAGAAACGCUUGAUAAAAUGGAUCUGGCGAACCAUCACCUCAAGUCCUCGGUUAAGCCACUCACAGGGUUCAAUGGCGAUACGGUCUACUCAAUCGGAACGAUCAGACUCUCGGUCUACGCAGCAAAGACGACCCGCCUCGUCAAAUUUGUCGUCAUCGACAAACCAGCCAUCUAUAACGUAAUUCUGGGAACGCCCAGGCUACAAUUCAUGAAGGCGGUGCCAUCAACCUAUCAUCAAUGCCUCAAGUUCCCAACCGCGUUCGGGGUAAAAACUAUUCGAGGCUCUCAAGAGAUAUUGAGACUGCUUCGCCGCCGAACACAAGCUUUGAUUCAAAUCCAUAGUCCCAGCCAAGACGUGCCUUAUGAUUUUACCCAUAACUCAAGCCGAUUUACCAUCUCAGGAAAGACCCAAGCAGGACUCGUCGUCCAAGUAAACAUCGACGAAAGCGACCCCGAACGAUGUGUAGGAAUCGGGGCUGACCUAAAGGAGGAGAUUAAGGUUGAGCUCGUACGACUUCUUCGCCAAAAUGCAUCGACAUUUGCCUGGUCGGUACGCGAUAUGCCUGGGAUCGAUCCCUCAAUAACGAGUCACGAGCUCAACAUUGACCCUACGUGUAAACCGAUCAAGCAAAAACGGUUGAUGAAGUCGAGUGUUGGUCAAAAACCGGAAAAGGCACAAGCCGUCAAUGAUGAAGUCGAGUGUUGGUCGAAGGCUGGCUCGAUCGUCGAGGUCAAAUAUCCGGAGUGGUUGGCAAACCCAGUCGUCGUCAAAAAGAAGAAUGGCAAAUGGCGAAUCUGUGUGGACUUCACCGAUCUCAACAAGGCGUGCCCCAAGGAUUGUUUCCCCUUGCCACAUAUCGAUCGAAUCGUCGAGGCAACUGCAGGAAACGAACUCUUGUCAUUCAUGGACGCCUUCUCUGGCUAUAAUCAAAUCACGAUGCAUCCCGAAGAUCGUGAAAAGACGUCCUUCAUCACCGAUCGGGGGACCUACUGUUACAAGGUAAUGCCUUUUGGCUUAAAGAAUGCGGGUGCGACGUAUCAACGACUAGUCAACCACAUGUUCGCCGAGCAGUAUGGACGAACAAUGGAGGUCUACAUCGAUGAUAUGCUAGUAAAAUCACUCACCGCCGAUGAUCACAUCGGUCAUGUAUAG